AUGGACGGCGUGAUCCCCGCAAGAAACGGGAAGGCUGCGGCUAGAUAUACUUGGGACGAGGAUGGCGCUGUGCAGAAUGUCGAACCGCUGGAACAGAUCCAGGAAGGGACAGCAAUGCACUCAUCGAAGAGUAAUCAUACGCCUCAACCCUCAAGAAGUGGCCUUUCACACAGCGGCGGUCUUUCACAUCAACGUUCGAGGUCUGUCAUUUGGCCAUUCCACAACCGCACAACAUCUGGAGUAGCUUCGACUACCACAUCGGGUCACUUUCAAAGGCCAUCAACGCACGGAACCGGCCACUUUCGAGCACCCUCGGCUUCGGCAUCGAGCCACUUUCGAAGAGCGACCGCGCAAACGAAGUCAUGGUUCAGGGCUGCUGAAGAUUCAGCAAGUGUAUUGAGCCGAUCGCUGGUCCCGGACUAUGUCGUGAACUACAUGAGAGGGGAGACGCCUGAGACCUUGGCAAGGAAGAGAGAGCAGAGACUAUGGGGCGAGCGUGAUAUCCAGAUUACUCCGCAACGUGAACGUUUCAUGUCACAGCAAGCCUACUUCGACGACCCGUGGAGCUCCAGAAUAAAUUUGACCUCAGGCGAGAAAGUUGGAGACAGACAGCGAAGUCUGCGUGGGUUGUUCAACGGCUGGAGAGGCGGAGUAACCUUCAACGCUUUCUUAUCACUCGUUAUCCUGCUGGUAGCGGUGAUAUGCCUAGUUAUCAUGGUUACCAAGCCACAAGUGGUCACUGGCGCGGCGACGAUCCUCUCAGGAUCUUGCGCAUCGGCGACGACCCUCAACACGGCGCUGCAUGUUUUGAUUAACGUAUUAACAAUCAUAAUAUUAGCCGGAGGCAACUACGUCUUUCAGCUUCUCACAAGCCCGACGAGGGCUGAGCUUGCGGCGGCACAUGACAAGAAGCAGUGGCUCGACAUUGGGAUACCCUCGCUGAGAAAUUAUUCGCACAUCUCAGGUUUCCGAGCAUCCCUCGCCACAAUCGUGCUAGUAGCUGCCGUCGCAACCCAAGUAAUAUAUAAUUCGAUCAUCUUCACCACGCACAGCGCAUCAGAAGCAGCACCGGAUACCUGCAGUGUCUCCGUGAGCACCCCGCUCAUGGGCGCCGUGGCAUUACUUAAUUUUGCAACACUUUUCAGCAUAGUCAUAGUGUUGGCACGGGCAGGCUUCCGACCUCUCGCCACGCUGGGUGAUGCGAUCCAAUCUUUCCUGGAGUAUCCGGAUUCUACCACCCGCGGAAGUUGUCUUCUAACAAAGAAGGACGUGAAAACGGGCCACUGGGGAUCUGCCGAAGCCAGAUACGUCGUGCCGGGCGGGCACUUUUGGUUUUGCACACCUUCAUUGGGCCGCUGGGCUCUCUUGAUUGUCUCGUGGGUUGCCCUCGCCGCACCCACGGCUGGUGUGCUGGGGAAAAUCCUGCCAGCGGACCCUGAGGGCCUCUCGACACCAAUCGGUACAUCUACUUUAUACACCACAUUCGCUCUCCCGACCUCGAUGUCGGAAUCAGAACUGGCACUGCUGGCAUCUCUGCCUCAGUUGCUGCUCGCUAUCCUUUACUUGGCGACAAACUCGCAUCUUACAACAUACUAUCUCUCACACGAGCUAUCACUCUACGCUGUUGGUCCACAGCCUCUCCGCGUCUCUGCCGACCCUGUAGGCUACCAGAGGACCUCUCUCUUCCUUACACUGCCUCGGCCCAUAUCCUGGAUGCUUCUCGCAUUCUUUGUCGCUAUGGGAUUUGUCCUAUCACAGGCAGUCUUCCCUGAAAUCGUCACGUCGUCCUCUUCAGGUUCAGUCAUGGCCAUCUCAUUCUCGACCAAAGGCCUUCUGGCUCUUCUUGCGCUAUUAGGAGCGCUGCUCUUCGUUGUUCUUGGCUUUGGUCUCCGACGUGCACCAGCUGCCGCCGUGGUCAGCGGCCAAGAAAAGGGCAACCCCCUUGUUCUCCGAGGUGGGAGUUGCAGUGCGGUGCUGAGCGCGAAGUGCCACCCUGUCGUCGGGGAAAUCGAGGCCUGGAAGAGAGACCUACGCUGGGGAGUUGUCACCGAGGGACUGGGGAUGCAAGAAGGCCGAUGCGCAUUCAGUGCCAUGGAAGUUGGGGUUGUGGAUGUUGGCCGGACCUACGCCUAG